AUGACAUCAUACGAUAUGGAGAAGGAAGAAACCAACCAAGAGAUGUGUUUCAAUGAGAGGUAUGAAAAACUAUGGCAUGAAGAGUACUCUGAAUCAGAUUUUGAGGAUGAACUUGGCUGUGAAAUACAAGAACCUGAACCGCCUGACUCAUACAUAACCAAUAAAGGCUAUUGUAAACCAUGGAUUAAAUUUAAUGAUGAUUUUGCAGCCAUGAUUCGGGCAACAACGAAGGAAUACCAUUGCCAAAGUCCUCAAAGGCGUGAAGAUAAGAUUGACCGAUGGGUGACCCUUCCGGGAAGUGAUUAUCGGAACAAUGUGAAUGAGGACAAAGCAUGGGGAAAGAUCAUGUGGUGA